CCUGAGGGAGGGAAACCAGAUAACCACAGCUUGUCUUGGCUCCGUGAGUUCCCAAACAAUGUGUGGCUGACUUGUCAUAGUCAGAGCAAAGUACAGUACAGAAACAGGCCUUUUGGCCCAUCUAUUCCAUGCCAGACUACAGAAUCUACUUAUUCCCACUGACCUGCACCGGGCCAUGGCGCUCGAUACACUCAUUACGCAAGCAUCUAUUCAGAAUUCUCUUCAUCAUUUGCACUACUUGCCCUGCUAGCUAGUUUUGCACUCUCACCACCCUCUGAGUAAACCGGUUUCACCUUUGUACCCUUUGAACUUCUCACCUUUCACCCUUUAGUGAUAACCUCUUGUUGUAGUACCUCUUUACCUCAGUACAAAAUGCCUGCUUGCAUUUAUCCGAUCUAUAUCCCAAUGUAAUUGUGUACACUUCUAUCAAAUCUCUGCUCAAUCUUUCAUGUUCCAACGAAUAAAGUCCUAAUCAGUUCACUCUUUUCUUAUAAUUUAGGUCUUCCAGUCCAGGUAACAUCAUUGUAAUGUUUUUUUUUCUGUACUCUUUCAAACUUAUUUCCAUCUGUCCUGCAGUUAGGUGUGCAGAACUGCACAUAAUAUCCAAAUGAGGCCUCUCCAGCGUCUUAUAUAACAUCAUAUCGUACACGAUAUUUUCAUUUACCAAGGUUAAUGCACUAACAAACUUUCUUUCAGAGCCUAGCAACAUUUGCUGCCACUUUCAAUGGCUUAUGCACCUGUAUUCCCGAUCACUUUGUUCUACCGGUCUCUCUGUAAGAUCUACCCUGAUCGGUCCAUCCAAAGUGCAACAUCUUGCACCUGUCUGCAUUAAAUUGCAUCGGCCCCUUUUAAGUCCAUUCUGCAGUUGGUCCAGACCUCACUGCAAUCUCGUGUAAUCUUCCUCUUUGUCCACUGCUCCUUCCCAAUGUUGGAGUUAUCAGCAAAUGUGCUGAUGCUCUUAACCGUAAUUUCAUCCAGAUCAUUGAUAUAGAUGACAAACAACAACAGGCACAGCACCGAUCCCCGUGACACUGCACGAGAUACAGGCGCCAAACAGAAAUGCAACAGUCUAUAGUGACACUCCGGAUUCUUUCCAAAAAAAAGUCACUGAGCUGACAGAGAAGGGAAACCGGGCAGAGAGUUCCAGACUCUUCCUCAGUCUGGUGAAUGGCAAAGGCUCCCGGGCCCGGAGGGCGAUGUGGGAAUCCUUUCUGAUGUGGAGGACUGAGUUACCGAAGUUGGACAGAAUACUGAGGGAAAUACAGGAACUCGGUCCUGAUCCACAAGAAUACAUGAACAUCGGCCAAGGUUUAUCUGAAUUACCCCCUCAGCUGAUAGAUGUCCAACAGAAACACAAGGAGACUCUGCGGACACGAACUGAAACACUGAGAGUGAACACGAUCCUGAUGACGGAGAAGGUGAAGGUUUUCCAGCUGGCUGAUCGUUACGCUGAGCUCACGGUCAUUUCUACUGUUCGAGAUCGGAGACUGGUGGAACAUGAGCUGCUGGCAAGAGGCAGAGACCAUGAGGAAUAUAGAGAGAAACAACUCCGCAGACAGCUGGAAAAAAUCCGUACUGAUCAGUUAUUCCAGAGCAGUUUUUCCCGGAGUAAAUCCAAAUCUGGGAGCUCAGCAGCAGUGGCCGGAGUCCCGGGGAUCGGGAAAACAACGAUGGUACAAAAGAUUGUUUAUGACUGGGCCAUGGGGAAAAUAUACCAACAGUUCCAGUUUGUCUUCAGUUUCAAAUUCCGAGAUUUAAACACCAUUAAUUGUAGAAUAAACCUGAGGGAACUGAUUCUGGAUCAGUAUCCUUACUUUGGGAAUUUCCUGAGAGAAGUCUGGAAGAACGCAGAGGGAUUACUGUUUAUAUUCGAUGGUUUAGAUGAAUUCAAACACAAAAUCGAUUUUGCGGACAGUCGGAGAGAUACAGAACCAAAGCACCAGUGCCCAGAUCCCGAGUGGAGGUGUGAAGUGUCUGUCAUUGUGUACAGUUUAAUCCAGGGCAAGCUGCUCCCAGGGUGUUCAGUGCUGGUGACCACCCGCCCCACUGCGUUACAUUUAUUGGAAAAGGCGGAUAUCAGUGUCCGGGCUGAAAUCCUGGGGUUUGUUGAUGAGGAACGGAAGGAAUACUUUAUCAGACAUUUUGAAGAUCAGAUGGUUGCGGAAGCUGUUUUCAAACAUGUGAAGGAGAACGAGAUCCUGUACACCAUGACCUACAACCCCUCCUACUGCUGGAUCCUCGCUCUGGCACUGGGCCCCUUCUUCACACAAAGAGUCAGGGACCCACAGCGAGUUCCCAAGACCAUCACCCAACUGUACUCCUACUAUAUUUACAACAUCCUGAAAAACCACGGCCGUGAGAUUGAGAGACCCCGUGAUGUGUUACUCAGGGUUGGUCAGAUGGCCUUCAGAGGAGUGUCCGAGAACAAGAUUGUGUUUACAGAUGGAGAUUUGAUCAAGUACAAUCUUCAGCCUUCCCAGUUCCUGUCCGGGUUCCUGAUGGAGCUUUUGGAGAGAGAGGAUUCUGCCCAGAGCGUGGUGUACACAUUCCCACACCUCACCAUCCAAGAGUUUGUAGCUGCAGUCGCACAAUUCCUAACUAUACAUCCCGAGGAAAUCCUGAAAUUCCUUACUGAUGCCCACAACAGGAGAGAUGGACAAUUUGAGGUAUUUCUCCGUUUUUUUGCUGGUCUCUCCUCCCCAAUGACAACUCGGGGCCUGGUGGAGUUUCUGGGUCCAUUUCCAAAUGAAACAACCUGCCGGGUGAUUGACUGGGUGAAGGAGGAGGUUAAACGUCAGAUUGGAAACACAGGGAGUGAAGCUGGUAAAAGGAGCCUCCUGAACACAUUGCACUACCUGUUUGAGUCUCAGAAUCGUGGACUGGCUCAGGAAACACUGGGAUCUGUGGAAACACUUUCAUUCAGUGGAAUGACACUGACCCCGAUUGACUGCGCGGUCCUGUCUCAUGCCAUCGUACUCUGUGAUACAAUAAAACACCUCAACCUGCAGGACUGCCACAUUCAGUGUGAAGGAAUCCAGCGGCUGGGAUCCGGGCUACACAAGUGCCAGGAGUUGAGCCUGAACAAUAAUAAACUGGGGGAUUCAGGAGUGAAACUGGUGUCUGCGGCUCUGAGGAACCCGGAGUGUAAAAUACAGAGACUGUGGCUGAGGGAUGUCGGUCUCACAGAUUCUGGUGCCGAGGAUCUCGUCUCCGCUCUCAGUACAAACCCAUCACUGACGGAGCUGAACCUGAGUGGUAAUAAACUGGGGGAUUCAGGAGUGAAACUGGUGUCUGCGGCUCUGAGGAACCCGGAGUGUAAAAUACAGAGACUGUGGCUGAGGGAUGUCGGUCUCACAGAUUCUGGUGCCGAGGAUCUCGUCUCCGCUCUCAGUACAAACCCAUCACUGACGGUGCUGAACCUGAGUGAUAAUAAACUGGGGGAUUCAGGAGUGAAACUGGUGUCUGCGGCUCUGAGGAACCCGGAGUGUAAAAUACAGAAACUGUGGCUGAUCAAUGUCGGUCUCACAGAUUCUGGUGCCGAGGAUCUCGUCUCCGCUCUCAGUACAAACCCAUCACUAACGGGGCUGGACCUGGGAUCAAACUCACUGACAGACCGAUCUGUCCCCGCUCUCCGCCGCCUCAUACUGACCCUCCCGAGUCUGGAGCGGAUCCGGCUGUGGGGGAAUCGGUUCAGUGAGACCGGGAUGAAGGAACUGAGAUCUCUACAGGAACCCAGACCCGGACUGAUGGUGGAUCUGUGAACAUCUGAAUGUGGGGAAUCGGUUCAGUGAGACCAGGAUGAAGGAACUGAGAUCUCUACAGGAACCCAGACCCGGACUGAUGGUGGAUCUGUGAACAUCUGAAUGUGGAGAAACGGUUCAGUGAGACCGGGAUGAAGGAACUGAGAUCUCUACAGGAACCCAGACCCGGACUGACAGUGGAUCUGUGAACAUCUGAAUGUGGGGAAUCGGUUCAGUGAGACCGGGAUGAAGGAACUGAGAUCUCUACAGGAACCCAGACCCGGACUGAUGGUGGAUCUGUGAACAUCUGAAUGUGGGGAAUCGGUUCAGUGAGACCGGGAUGAAGGAACUGAGAUCUCUACAGGAACCCAGACCCGGACUGAUGGUGGAUCUGUGAACAUCUGAAUGUGGGGAAUCGGUUCAGUGAGACCGGGAUGAAGGAACUGAGAUCUCUACAGGAACCCAGACCCGGACUGAUGGUGGAUCUGUGAACAUCUGAAUGUGGGGAAUCGGUUCAGUGAGACCGGGAUGAAGGAACUGAGAUCUCUACAGGAACCCAGACCCGGACUGAUGGUGGAUCUGUGAACAUCUGAAUGUGGUGAAUCGGUUCAGUGAGACCGGGAUGAAGGAACUGAGAUCUCUACAGGAACCCAGACCCGGACUGAUGGUGGAUCUGUGAACAUCUGAAUGUGGGGAAUCGGUUCAGUGAGACCGGGAUGAAGGAACUGAGAUCUCUACAGGAACCCAGACCCGGACUGAUGGUGGAUCUGUGAACAUCUGAAUGUGGGGAAUCGGUUCAGUGAGACCGGGAUGAAGGAACUGAGAUCUCUACAGGAACCCAGACCCGGACUGAUGGUGGAUCUGUGAACAUCUGAAUGUGGGGAAUCGGUUCAGUGAGACCGGGAUGAAGGAACUGAGAUCUCUACAGGAACCCAGACCCGGACUGAGAGUGGAUCUGUGAACAUCUGAAUGUGGUGAAUCGGUUCAGUGAGACCGGGAUGAAGGAACUGAGAUCUCUACAGGAACCCAGACCCGGACUGAUGGUGGAUCUGUGAACAUCUGAAUGUGGUGAAUCGGUUCAGUGAGACCGGGAUGAAGGAACUGAGAUCUCUACAGGAACCCAGACCCGGACUGAUGGUGGAUCUGUGAACAUCUGAAUGUGGGGAAUCGGUUCAGUGAGACCGGGAUGAAGGAACUGAGAUCUCUACAGGAACCCAGACCCGGACUGAGAGUGGAUCUGUGAACAUCUGAAUGUGGGGAAUCGGUUCAGUGAGACCGGGAUGAAGGAACUGAGAUCUCUACAGGAACCCAGACCCGGACUGAUGGUGGAUCUGUGAACAUCUGAAUGUGGGGAAUCGGUUCAGUGAGACCGGGAUGAAGGAACUGAGAUCUCUACAGGAACCCAGACCCGGACUGAUGGUGGAUCUGUGAACAUCUGAAUGUGGGGAAUCGGUUCAGUGAGACCGGGAUGAAGGAACUGAGAUCUCUACAGGAACCCAGACCCGGACUGAUGGUGGAUCUGUGAACAUCUGAAUGUGGGGAAUCGGUUCAGUGAGACCGGGAUGAAGGAACUGAGAUCUCUACAGGAACCCAGACCCGGACUGAUGGUGGAUCUGUGAAC